AUGUCCCUAGAAGAACCUUCUGCAGGUUCAGAGACUGGCUCUGAGCAAAUUUGCCUAGCAAUCCCCUCUACCUGGCGGGGCACUGAGGAGGGAGCCGCUGCCUUCACCCUGGUAGGGGGCUCUCACUCAUACCAGUCAUUGUAUGGCUGUGAUGUGGGAUCCGACUGGAGCCUCCUCCGCGGGUACGUGCAGUUCGCCUACGACGGCCACGAUUACAUCGCCCUGAACGAAGACCUGAACUCGUGGACAGCGACGGACGAGGAAGCGGGGAGAACCCGACGCAAGUGGGAGCAGGCUGGUGAAGCAGAGAGACGCAGGGCCUACCUGGAGGGCGAGUGCGUGAAGUGGCUCCACAGAUACCUGGAGCUCGGGAAGGAGACUCUGCUGCGCACAGGUGCAGGGGCUGCGGGCAGCUCCUCCCUCUGCCCUCGGGGUGGGGCUCAGUCCUGGGGAAGAAGAAACCCUCAGCUGGGGUGAUGCCCCUGUCUCAGAGGGGAGAGAGUGGCCCUGGGUCUCCUGAUCCUCAUCCCAGUGACUGCACUGACUCUCCCAGGGCUCAGCCUUCUUCCUGGACAGUUCCCAGUGUGUCUCAGGAGGAAAGGAGACAAUUUCCUGACACAGCAGCAGGGGCUCCCUGCUGUCAGCCAUGGCCUCUCCCAGGCCU